AUGUGGGUGGUGCUCACCCUGCUGAAAGGCCUGAAGGGCCAGAUCCCAAACACCCCACCAGGCAUUACCUCCGUGUUACAGAGCUUCCAAGAAGACCAGUUCCAGGGGGAAUGGUUUGUUGUCGGCCUAGCAGGCAGCACCCACAGGAAGAUGGACAGGUUCCUGUUGAACCCAUUCAUUGCAAUGUUCGAGCAAAAUGAAAACAGCCGCCUUGAAGUGUCAUAUGCCAUGACCCGGGGCCACCACUGUGUCACCUGGUCUUAUGUGCUGGUUCCGGCGGCGCGGCCUGGGAGAUUCUGGGUGGGCCGCGGAGAGGUGUCCGGGGCAGAGCCCGAGGAGGUCCAGGUGUACGACACAGACUACAGCGUGUUCGCGCUGAUGCUGUUCCGAAGACAGUCGGGUGGCCAGAGUAUCCUCAGGGUCAACCUGCUAUGCAGGAUGUGGAUGAUCCAGACCCAGGUGCUGGACAAAUUUGUCUGCCUGGUCAGAGCUCUGGGCCUGUCGGAUAACAACAUCGUCUUCCCAGACUUGACAGACCUGCUGCAGGCCCUCCACCCUUCCCAGGGCAGCUCCCAGCCCUGGGAGCUGCCCUUCAAGGUGGGUGCUGGUCCCUGGCCACCUGCCCAAGGAGGCCUUCUGCCCCAGUACGGCCCGGAGAUGCGGCUGAUCCAGGAGGACCUCGUUCCACCAGGAUCUGUGGGACCCCCGGGGGUCCGGCGGCAAGUGCCCCUCCUGGCAGGUUAG